AGCGGCUGUAUCAGUAGCUCGGGUCAGCCAACCCAGUCAACAUCACCCAUCGCUGUCUUUUAUUCCAUUUUUCUUAAAUUAGCCACUUUAAGCUUCGCGAUACCGCCCCCAAUUUCAGCGUCGGUACGGAGCCGCCAGGCCGGGACAGAGUCGGAGAGAGAGGCCUCGGCAAUGGAAGCGCUCGGACCCGGUCCGCCUGCUGCCCCUCCCUCUCUGUUCCAGCCUCCGCGGCGUCCCGGCCUCGGUACGGUAGGGAAACCUAUCCGUCUCCUGGCCAACCACUUCCAAGUGCAGAUUCCCAAGAUUGAUGUCUAUCACUAUGAUAUUGACAUCAAGCCUGAGAAACGGCCGCGGAGGGUCAACAGAGAGGUAGUGGACACAAUGGUGCGCCAUUUCAAGAUGCAGAUCUUUGGAGACCGACAGCCUGGUUAUGACGGGAAGAGGAAUAUGUACACAGCACAUCCACUGCCAAUAGGGAGAGACAGGGUGGAUCUGGAGGUGACCCUACCUGGGGAAGGGAAAGAUCAAACUUUCAAAGUGUCCUUGCAGUGGGUGUCUGUGGUCAGUCUUCAGAUGCUUCUUGAAGCCUUGUCUGGUCACCUGAACGAAGUCCCGGAGGACUCUGUUCAGGCUCUGGAUGUCAUCACGCGGCAUCUCCCUUCCAUGAGAUACACUCCAGUGGGACGGUCAUUCUUUUCUCCUCCUGAGGGCUACUACCAUCCUCUGGGUGGAGGCAGAGAAGUUUGGUUUGGUUUCCAUCAGUCUGUCCGCCCUGCCAUGUGGAACAUGAUGCUCAAUAUUGAUGUUUCGGCCACUGCUUUCUACCGUGCUCAGCCAGUGAUUGAAUUCAUGUGCGAAGUUUUAGAUAUACAGAACAUCAAUGAACAGACCAAACCCCUGACUGACUCGCAGCGUGUUAAAUUUACUAAGGAAAUAAGAGGCUUAAAAGUGGAGGUCACACACUGUGGUCAGAUGAAGAGGAAGUAUCGUGUGUGCAAUGUUACGCGCCGACCUGCCAGUCACCAAACGUUCCCUUUACAGCUUGAGAAUGGCCAGGCAAUGGAGUGCACAGUUGCUCAGUAUUUCAAGCAGAAGUACAAUCUGCAGCUCAAGUAUCCACAUUUACCCUGUCUGCAAGUAGGACAGGAACAGAAGCACACUUAUCUGCCAUUGGAGGUCUGUAACAUAGUAGCUGGUCAACGCUGUAUAAAAAAACUGACAGACAACCAGACAUCCACAAUGAUCAAAGCUACCGCUCGCUCUGCCCCUGACAGACAAGAAGAGAUCAGCAGACUGGUCAAAAGCAACAGCAUGGUUGGGGGUCCUGACCCAUAUCUGAAGGAAUUUGGCAUUGUGGUGCACAAUGAUAUGACUGAGGUGACAGGACGAGUGCUCCCAGCGCCCAUGCUACAGUAUGGGGGCCGGGUGAGUACUGACACAGGGAGGGACUGUGGCAGGAAUAAAACAGUGGCCACGCCCAAUCAGGGCGUGUGGGAUAUGAGGGGCAAGCAGUUCUAUGCUGGCAUCGAGAUCAAGGUCUGGGCUGUGGCCUGCUUCGCACCACAGAAACAAUGCAGAGAGGAUUUGCUCAAGAGCUUCACUGACCAAUUGCGUAAGAUCUCAAAGGAUGCUGGGAUGCCCAUUCAGGGCCAGCCAUGUUUCUGUAAAUAUGCACAAGGAGCUGACAGUGUGGAGCCCAUGUUCAAGCACCUCAAGAUGUCUUAUGUGGGUCUACAGCUCAUUGUUGUCAUCCUGCCUGGCAAAACGCCAGUCUAUGCUGAGGUGAAGCGGGUGGGAGACACCCUCCUCGGCAUGGCCACCCAGUGUGUUCAGGUGAAGAAUGUAGUAAAGACCUCCCCACAAACUCUCUCCAACCUCUGCCUCAAGAUCAAUGCCAAGCUGGGAGGCAUCAACAACGUACUUGUGCCGCACCAGAGGCCGUCCGUGUUCCAGCAGCCUGUCAUCUUCCUGGGUGCAGAUGUCACUCAUCCUCCAGCAGGUGAUGGGAAGAAGCCAUCUAUAGCGGCAGUGGUGGGGAGCAUGGAUGGCCACCCAAGCCGUUAUUGCGCCACAGUGCGAGUCCAGACGUCCCGGCAAGACAUGUCACAGGAGCAGCUCUUCAGUCAGGAGGUCAUUCAAGAUCUUACCAACAUGGUGCGGGAGCUACUGAUCCAGUUUUACAAGUCCACACGCUUCAAGCCCACCCGCAUCAUCUAUUAUCGUGGUGGUGUGUCUGAAGGCCAGAUGAAACAGGUAGCGUGGCCUGAGUUGAUUGCCAUCAGGAAAGCGUGCAUCAGUCUGGAGGAGGAUUACCGGCCUGGCAUUACCUAUAUUGUGGUCCAGAAACGCCAUCACACUCGUCUUUUCUGCUCUGACAAAGCUGAGAGGGUUGGGAAAAGUGGUAAUGUACCAGCUGGUACCACUGUGGACAGCACCAUUACACAUCCGUCCGAGUUUGAUUUCUAUCUUUGCAGCCACGCUGGAAUUCAGGGUACCAGUCGUCCAUCUCACUACCACGUCCUGUGGGAUGAUAACUGUUUCACGGCCGAUGAACUGCAGCUCCUCACCUACCAGCUGUGCCACACCUAUGUCCGUUGCACACGCUCAGUCUCCAUCCCGGCACCUGCCUACUAUGCCAGGCUGGUGGCUUUCCGUGCCCGAUACCAUCUGGUGGACAAAGACCAUGACAGUGCUGAGGGGAGCCAUGUGUCAGGCCAGAGUAAUGGCCGUGACCCACAGGCUUUGGCCAAGGCGGUUCAGAUCCACUAUGACACCCAACACACCAUGUACUUCGCCUAAACUAGGGAGCCUAUCUGCCCGUCCACGGUUGGACAUCCAUCCUGUCUGUAUUUUUAUUCAUCAUUAUGAGCUAGUCUUUUUUUUUUUUUGUCAUCUUGUUUUUCCUCAUCAUGGUCUCUUCAUUUUCCUAAAUGUGCACCAAAGUGACACUUUGAUGGGAUUGUGUCCAGUUGCUUUUAUUGAAACAAGCUAAAUCCAGUGUUCCCAGUAGAGUCGCCCUUCUUACCAGCAAUUAAGCACUGCAAAUCCCAGGCGUUUCCAAUGCACAGAAGAAAAUGACAGAAAAAUAACAAAAAACCCCCACACACAUACUACUACUAAUUGAGCCAUUUUUUUGUCUUGUUUUUUCCUAUCUGAAUGUCUGCACUCGUAUUUUUGAGAUAUACUGAGCAAUGGAGUGUUUUGGCACCACUUGUCGAUGAAGCUCUUGCUCUCCCAGCUAAGCAGGACUCAUCUACUUUUACCUCAAAGCCCACCAGGGCAAAAUCUGUCACAAGGUUUUGGGUUUUAUUGGGUGGUCGGGAGGGAGCUCUACAUGAAGAGAUGGGGUCGGGGUGGGUGGUUGACGUUUAAAAAUGGGGGGAAGAAAAAAAAAAAAUAUAUAUAUAUAUAUUAUAUUUUUUCCUUUUUAUGCGUGUUUAAAAUUUUUUUUUUUCUCCUUCAGUCUUUUACAAACGAGGUGAUGUGGGUGUCCAUACCCAUGACUACUUUUCUCCAAUCUUUUCGAAAGAGUAGCCAGUCUGCGCGCGUUUGUGUGCGUCUUUGUAUAUAUGUGUAAUUUUGUUUGAAUGUGUGUUUUUGUGUGCACAUGCUUUCAUGGCAGGCCACUGAAUUGUAAAGGGAAAUUGAGGAGAUAACUGCUGUAAAUGCCUCAGAUUUGUUUUUAUAUCCACACAUACAGUACAUAUAAACAUAUAUUUACAUCGCUAGAGCAGCUUUGAGAGAAACGACUUGCCUCAUGGAGGCUUUGUGGGUUUCUAGCAGUCCAGGGUCACUUAUCGAUUAAAAUCCAUGUACACUCUGACUGGUGGGAUUUAUACACGUUGUGCUCGUUUAAGGCUUGGCGUGGCAAACAUCAAUUUGCAGUCGUAGGUGACAUGUUGCCUGAGAGACCAGUGCUUAUCUGAAGCCUGGUCUGUGACAGUCUUUGCAGUGGGGACCUGUCAUUUUGGUUAAAGGCAUUAAAUGCAGCACAGCAGUCUUAUCAGCACUGCUUUCUGUGUGAGUGACAAAUAGGAGUUUUCUUUGGACCUGAUCAGAAAGAUUUUAUGAUGAUACUGCUGGAUGUUAUUGUUUUUGUUUUAGAUCUUUAGUAGUGAUUUGUAGGUCCAGAAACCAGAAUAUUUUUUUUUUCCUCUAUCGGUCUCAUUUGCAAAUGAUGGCCAAUUCAUUGCACUGACCCGGGACACUAGGCAAGCAACAGAGGGCACUCUCAAUCUCUAUUACCUUUAUGCAUUUAUACAUACGAAUCAACAAAGCAGAUUUUGUAAAACUUUAAUAUAAGGAUGUUUUUUGGUUAUCUUAAAACCGUUGUUUAGAAUUUACCAUUGAUGUUGUUAUAGUGGUGGUCAAUGUUGUACUUGUUGUAAUUGAAAUUUUUAAAGUUUGUUGGGGUGAAUCUUCAUAGUUGUUCAGGGGUCAUAGGUCAAGGCUGUUGAGCAUCAUGUUGGAAUUUUGUGUAGCAUCUCUGCUAACGGCGAGAAGACGUGGGAACCUUGGAUGGAAAAACUCAUGCUUCCAUUGUGGGUCUGAGGACAAUUUGAAGCUCAGUGGCAAAUUUGGGGCUUCCGUGUAACACUCCAGAUUGAGCAAAGAGAUAUGCCUCUUCGUGUCACUCUCGUCAGUUUUGACCAGAUAGAUGGAGACAAUCAGGGAUCGUAAUUCUAGUCAAGCUAUAUUGGGGGAUUUGUUUUCAAACGGUUAGUGAUGGGCAAUGAGAUUUUUUUUUUUCGUUUGUUUUUAAAAAAAAUAAUGGUUUCAGUUACUCUGUAUAUUUGAUGUAUGCCCUCUUUUACUCUUAAAUCUUUGCUAUACAAGUGUGAGCUUGUUAUUCUCAUGAAUUUUUAACACUGGAUUGAAUGAAUUUGACUUUAGCAUGAGCACUGCCCCCCUAUUAACAGUCAUUAAACCAUUACCUGCCUUCUGUAGUUUGACACGCAGUGCCUCGGGGUGUUGCUUUUGGAUAGCGGGCAGUUGUGAGAAAGGAGUCGCCGCGCACGCCUCAUCAGGGGGGUACAGCUCACGAUAAAAACCCUUUUGUAAUAAACCACCCGUAAAGCAGCAGGUUUAUUAUGAAUGAGUUUGAGCACUUACCUGUUGAAGACGUGUGCGUUGGCUUAGAGCGGAGUAGAAAGUGUUGGGUGAGGGUUGUCCAGAUAUUGCAAUGGAAAAUCUGUGUAAAAGGAGGCACUACAAGGCAAAUCAGAGGGUGUGGUUUAAUGUUCAUCUGGUCUUACAAUUUUUUUAAUUUUUUUUUUUUAAUGACGCUUAAGUCUGAAUUAUCGUGCUGUUUGUAACAUGACCGCAUAAAGCAAUAUAUAAAAUGUGGGAAAACAAAGCAGUAAUUCUUGUGGUUUUUGGUUGGCUGUUGUUCCUGUAUUCCCCCCCCCCGUCCCCCAUGUGUUUCAUUUGCUUGUAUUCAAUCAGUGGGGAUGUGCAUUUGGUGGUAGUUAUGUAAGCUUUAGACUAUUUUCUUUUGACUAGAUUUUGCUCGCCUGCAUGCCAGAUUGUUCUAGUUUAAAAAAACAACAACUUUUGAAUCAUAUUUAUAAUGAUAAAAGCUUUUUUUUGUGUAAACGUUUAUCAUUAACUUUUUAGGUUACCAGUAUCUGUUCAAGCUUUUUUUUUUUUUUUUAAUUAAAGAUUCCCACACAAUGUAAAUUUUGUCUAUUGUAAUGGAAAGAAGUAUGUGGCGCUUCUGCUCUUCGGGUCACGUUCAAAUUCAAACGAGGUAGUUUCUUCAAACAUUGGCCCGUUUAAGAGCAAACACCACUCUUCUUUGCCUAGUUACAGUAGUGAGCCUCCAUAUUGUCUCCUUCUUCCUGGUUUAUACCUGUGGCCAAGCCUCUUUUUAGGGUGUCUUUCCUUUUGCUAUGACAACACCCCCCUCAUAAAAGUACUCAAAAGGGUAUCUCUUUUUACCUAUAAGAUUUGUCCAAAAGGGGAGAGCAUUAAAAACUGUUAAAUUCCCAUUAUCACUUUGUUAUAUCACUUAAUGGAGUUCUUUCUGUAUUUUGUAUUUUUUUGGAAGGAGGGGGUCGUUUUAGCUCUGCUCUACAGGUUUUUUUUUUUUUUUUUUUUUGUCAGCAAAGGAUUGGAACGCUUCAAGGAGCUGUCAAACACUUUCUGACCAGUAGGUGGGGCAUGUUGUAGAACCUCCUCUGUAUUGGGCCAUGCACAAGGUAUUGCUAUUAAGAAAUGUUCAAAUACAUUUUUUUUUUUUUAGCCUGCAGGGAACUUUUGUGUUAAUGUGCAAAGUAAUAAAUUGGUAUUUUAUGCCUG